CGACGGCAGCCAGCUACCCGGCCCAGGCCGGGUGGGCACUUGCCAGCAUUUAGCGUCCUGUCUCUCGUUUGUAGUUUCAGCAGUAUCUGUAGCGGAGUCCAAGGGGAACAGUCAUUGCCUAUCGGGGCAGGAAUAUGAUGGGUGAGAAGUGUCAAACCAAAUUCUCUUGGUUUGGAAACAGAAGGAGAAAAUCUAAAAACGAGGAUGUCAGGAAAAUGUCCGCUCUCAAGGCGCGCUGUGGUCUCCCCGAGCCCCGCCCCCUGGGCUCUGGCUCGUGGGGUCGGAUCCUCUUACGGUGGGGCCCGAUCCUCUUACGGUGGGGCCCAGCUCGGUAGCCCUUGGAAAUAGGUGAAAGGGCAGGGGCGUGGCUCGCGGGGCGUCACCCACUCUCUUGAACUGUUGGUGACUGUGGGCAGCCGUUCAGCGUCCCCCAGACCAGAAGUCCGCGCCGUCGAGGACCCAGCCGCCACCAUGGCUCUGCUCCGAGGUGUGUUUGUCAUUGCUGCUAAGCGAACGCCCUUUGGAGCUUACGGAGGUCUUCUGAAAGACUUUACUGCUACCGACUUGUCUGAAUUUGCUGCCAAGGCUGCCUUGUCUGCUGGCAAAGUCUCACCUGAAACUGUUGACAGUGUGAUUAUAGGCAAUGUCUUGCAGAGUUCUUCAGAUGCUCCGUAUUUGGCAAGGCAUGUUGGUUUACGUGUGGGAAUCCCAAAGGAGAUCCCAGCUCUCACAAUUAAUAGGCUUUGUGGUUCUGGGUUUCAGUCCAUUGUGAAUGGAUGUCAGGAAAUUUGUGUGAAAGAAGCUGAAGUUGUUUUAUGUGGAGGAACUGAAAGCAUGAGCCAAGCUCCCUACUGUGUCAGAAGUGUGCGUUUUGGAACCAAGCUUGGAUCAGAUACCAAGCUGGAAGAUUAUUUGUGGGUGGUAUUAACAGAUCAGCAUAUAAAACUCCCCAUGGCAAUUACUGCAGAGAAUCUUGCUGUGAAAUACAAAAUAAGCAGAGAAGAAUGUGACAAAUAUGCUCUGCAGUCGCAGCAGAGAUGGAAAGCUGCUAAUGAUUCUGGCUGCUUUAAUAAUGAAAUGGCACCAAUUGAAGUAAAGACAAAGAAAGGAAAACAGACAAUGGAGGUAGAUGAGCAUGCUCGGCCCCAAACAACCCUGGAGCAGUUACAGAAACUUCCUCCAGUCUUCAAGAAGGAUGGAACUGUCACUGCAGGGAAUGCAUCGGGGAUAGCUGAUGGUGCUGGAGCUGUUAUCAUAGCUAGUGAAGAUGCUGUUAAGAAACAUAACUUCAUACCACUGGCAAGAAUUGUGGGCUACUUCGUAGCUGGAUGUGAUCCCUCUAUCAUGGGUAUUGGUCCCGUCCCUGCUAUCAAUGGGGCACUGAAGAAAGCAGGACUGAGUCUUAAGGACAUGGAUUUGGUAGAGGUGAAUGAAGCUUUUGCUCCCCAGUACUUGGCUGUUGAGAAGAGUUUGGAUCUUGAUCCAAGUAAAACCAAUGUGAAUGGAGGAGCCAUUGCUUCGGGUCACCCACUGGGAGGAUCUGGAUCAAGAAUUACUGCACACCUGGUUCAUGAAUUAAGGCGUCGAGGUGGAAAGUAUGCCAUUGGAUCAGCUUGCAUUGGAGGUGGCCAAGGUAUCGCUGUCAUCAUUCAGAACACAGCCUAAAGAGACCAGUGAGCUCACUCUGACCCACUGUUACUCUACUUGGCCAGGCCACAGAAAAACAGGUGACCUUCAGAGCAGCUGCCACAACUGGCCAUGCCCUGCCAUUGAAACAGUGAUCAAGUUUCACGCCAUGGUGACACAAAAAUGCAUUUAUCUUGAAUAAGAGCCCACGCUACAAGUACGUUCUCUCAGAUUUGUACUAGUGAAAUAUGUAUUUCUGAACUAAAAUUCAACUAUAGAAGACAUUAAAAGAAAGUGUAUUCUUGCCAAGUAACCACUACUUCUGCCUUAGAUAAUAUGAUUAUAAGGAAAUUAAAUAAAUGUUGCCUUAACUUCA